AUGGAAACUCGGAGACUGUGGUACGAAACCGUGUCGAGUCGCGACGGUUCGCCGAGCGUCAUUUGGAGCGUCGCCUUCAGCCCGGAUGGUUCUCGCCUUCUGGUUGCUGUUGGCAGCUGCCUGCUAGUCUACGACCCUGUGGAUGCGAAGGUCCUCCAGACUCUCAAAGCGCACAAGGACACUGUUUACGUUGUGACGUACAACAAAACAGGCAAGCUAUUCGCCUCAGGGGGCGCCGACAGAACCGUCAUAGUCUGGACUUCACCAGGUGCAGGAUGGCGCAAGUACAGCCAUAGCGACAGCAUCCAGUGCCUCGCGUUCAAUCCCGUAACUCUGCAGCUCGCGAGUGCAACAUCGGUCGACUUUGGUCUCUGGUCCCCUGAAGUCUGUUCUGUUGGCAAGCAGAAACUCCCAGCCAGGGCUUGUUGUAUGGAUUGGACUCCCAAUGGCAAUCACCUAGCCAUAGGCCUCUUCAGCGGAAUUGUUUCUGUUCGAGAUACCACGGGAGCAGAAAAGUGGAACGUGGCAUUGAGUGCCCCGGUGUGGACACUGGCAUGGAGUCCCCAACAAAAUGAGGAGAGCUUUUCAAUCUUCCUUGCUGUUGGCACGUUCUGUCCUGAACUUGUCUUCUACCGCGAAACAGGAGAGGCCUGCUUACCGUCACAGGCUCUGGAUUGUGAUCCCCUGUCUAUUUCUUUUGCACCGAGUGGCAACUUCUUCCUGGUCGGAGGGUCGAACGGAUCGAUCUCCAUAUGGAGUCACGACGGAGUUCGCCUCGGGACAAUCGGCCAGUUGCAGGACUGGGUGUGGGCAUGUGCAGUUCAUCCCAACUCUUCGCAGAUUAUUGCUGGAAGUAAUGCUGGAGAGUUGCACAUGUACAACGUCACCUUCCCAGUUGUUCACGCUUUGUAUCAAGACCGUUAUGCACAUCGUGAAAGACUCACUGACGUUGUUGUUCAGCACAUGCAGCUGGAACAAAGCGUGCGUAUACGGUGCCGAAGUUUGGUUAAAAAGGUUGCAGUUUUCAAGGAAUCGCUUGCGAUCCUUCUACCAGGAGAAGUUGUCCUCUACUCCGCAGACCAAAGAAAUCCGGAUGACAUGAGGUACCGAGAAACUGCCAGGAUAAAGCAUGCUUUCGACUGCUCCCUGAUGCUGGUCACGUCAUCCUACCUCGUCCGAUGCACGAAAGCGAAGCUGCAGCUCUACUCUCUGGCGGGCACCUUUGAGCGAGAGUGGAACCUGGGAUCGGUGAUCAGAUACAUAAAAGUCGUCGGCGGCCCUCCUGCGUCGGAAGGCAUCCUUGCGGGACUUAAGAACGGCCAAGUUGUCGAGAUUUUCACGAACAACCCUAUUCCGGUGACCCUCGUGAAGCAGACGCAUUCCAUCGCUUGCCUUGACAUCUCGUUGCAACGAACAAAACUCGCGGCGGUGGAUUCCACCCAGCGCUUGACCGUUUAUGACCUAGCCACCAAGGAGGUGCUCUACACAGAAUCAAAUGUCACGUCAGUUGCAUGGAAUCUCGUCAUGGACGACAUGCUUGCUUACACAGGCAACAAUACUCUAUCGGUCAGGCACAGAACGCUGAAGCCACGGAGCCAACGACUGCAGGGCUUGGUCGUUGGUUUUCGCGGAUCGAAGAUUUACUGUUUAAAGUCGCAGUCUAUUCAGACGUGCAACUUUCCUCAAUCAGCCUCGCUAUACCCGUACAUUGGUAUGAAAAAUUUCGCUGCUGCGUACGAAGUCGCUUGUCUGGGGGUCACCGCCUCCGAUUGGCUAUCUCUUGCUCUGUCUGCUUUAGCCAACCUCGAUUUCGCCUACGCAGCAAAAGCGUUCACACGACUGCGAGACUUUCGAGGCAUCACACUCGUCCAGAAAAUUCAAAACUCUUCUUCGACAGCGCACAAGUUGUCACCAGUAGAACAAGCCCACAACGCUGCAGCCUACGUGGCGGCCUACCAAGGCAAUUUUGACGACGCCGCUCUGCACUGGGUGAAUGCCGGCCAGGCACAUUUAGCUGUGGAGAUGUUUACUGAAUUGCGGAGAUGGGAAGAUGCAAAAAAGUGGGCACAAACGGUCGACGAGGGUGCCGUGUCUGCCGGAUGUAGGGAGCCAACGCUCACCAGGCUCCCGACCGCCAAGGAUCCGCCGGCCUUGGGGGGGAAUCACGAGAACUGCACGCCGGAAACUCAGAACCAGCGGUCGACUACAAACACCACAAAUCUGAACCAAAAAGAGCAAGUGGUGGCGCAGCAGACAGCAACAGAGGAGGAGAAAGAUGACCUGAUCUUCGCUGCCGAGGUGUACGCGAAGGCGAAACAGUUACGACGUGCCGUGGAACUAUAUGGGCGGACCGGAGCUCUAGAUAAAAUCAUCUCCAUUGUGAGGAGAGAGCUCCCUGCCGCUGAUGCGGAGAACAUCCUUCGUGCAGCGUUCGCUGUCUUCAAGAAACACCGGCACUUUGCAUUCGCAAGAGAGGCCUCACAAAAGCUUGGCGACAAGAAGCUGAUGGCUCGUCUCCUUGUUGAGCACGGCCGAUGGGAAGAGGCAUUCCUGUUCGCCAACCAGCAACCUGUGGUGACGGACGACGUGCAUAUUCCCUGGGCUGACUAUCUAGUCCGAUCGGAUAGGUUCGACGAAGCCACUUCUGCAUUGAAGAAAGCUGGCAGGCCGGACCUGGCACUUGGUCUUCAGCUCAAGCUUCUGAAGAUUUGCCUGGACGAAAGAAGAUACCUGGAAACUUCUAGACGCUGUUGGGCAUGUGCGAGAGAGAUACUGCAGGGUUCAGACAGCAACUCAGGGGCGAGUGUAAGAGGAAUCAGUAGUCUCUGUGGUCAUCCUUCCACGCCACUUUCGCUGUUCCUAUUCUGUACUUUUCGAAAACUCGCAGAAAUAUACUUAGCAUACCAUGUUGUGCUGCGCCGAAAGGACGAAAAACUGUCGAGUUGUCUCACUGGAGAUUUAGGCCGUUCCAUACUGGGCUUGGUGUCGCCGCUGCUGGAGAAGGGAGGACCCGUCCCUGGCGUGAGCCAGGUGGAAGUACUCUUCGCGCUAGCAGAAACAUCGCUAACAGUUGGUGCAUACAAGAUUGGCAGACUCGCUUGCCAGAGUCUUCAUCGACUACGAAUUCCUGGUCGGCUUCAGGAAACGAUCGACUCCCUCACCAUGAUCCUCAAAAGCAGCCCCCGGUCCACGGAGAACAAGCGGGUCUUGGAAGAGACUUGUUCUUGGUGCCAUGCGGUUGUGCCUCUCCUGAACGACGAACGAGUGCCUUUCAUAGCCUCGGAGGCGUGUGACAACUGUGGGCACUUGAGACUGAGGGAGUUUGGUGGUUUCACCGUCCUCGGCUGCAUCGAGUUUCUCCCUCCACCUGAAGUGAAUGAUGAACGAGCAAAAGCGAUACUCAACUCCACGGCGAUCGGAAAAUUGGACAUGUCGCAUUCAAGCGGUCACGACCUACAGCAUGCUUCUUUUCUGACGGAAGAGGGCCGCUUGCCUGACGGGAAGAAAGGCAACAACCUACAGGCAAGAACCCCGGACCCCAAUGCAGCGACCAUCUCGUUCAUGAAGGCCGCCGGGGUGACUGCUACUUCUGGCACAGAAGGAUCCUUUGCUCCUCUUCGAGUGGGAGCUGCACUGUUACGCGAGCUCCCAUCCGACUGUGUCUGCAUUCUCGACCAUGCCCGUGUUUCUCGUCUUUUGUCCACGCAAUACUUCUUCUGUUGCAAUCGCGUGACUGAUGAACGGCAGGACGGACACGGCUCUCCGCCGUCCUCAGAGGAAUCGAGUUGCCACAAUGUCCUUCACCACACUGGACCUUGCCAACGGAACAGAAGACUGGUGGUUUGUGGGGGCUGCGCACACGCUUUCGACCUAGAGAAGACGGAGGAAUUCAUUCUGUAUGAUAGAUGCUGUCCCCUUUGUGGUAAAACAAACUUCAUCGCCUAG